UUUGCCAGUGUGGAGGAAGCCCUUUUACAUGCAAUCACUAAAAGGGAGGAAAUCAUCAUACGCUUGAUUACAAAUCACCCCGUAUACAAGGAACACGAAGAGGAAACGAAAGCUGGAAAGAGGUUGCACUGCCUACAAGAAGAGCGCCGCCAUUUUUCCUGCGAUGUUACACCUUUAAUGUUGGCCGCGCAAUACAACUAUCACGAAAUCAUCAGAUUGUUUCUUUCUCGAGGACAUGUGAUUUCCAAGCCCCAUAACUUAAACUGCAGCUGCUCUGAUUGCCUUGAGUUGUACGAGACAGGACCGCUCAGACUUGCUCAAGCUCGCCUUAACACUUACCGGGCUCUUGCCAGCCCUGCCUAUAUCAUACUCUCCAGCAAAGACCCCAUACUAACCACUUUUCAACUAAAAGAAGAACUGCGAUAUAUUGUAUCCAGGAAAAGUGAAUUUAUGCACGAUUACAAGGUACUGAUAGGACAGUGUCUUCAGUUCUCGUGUGAGCUAAUGGACUUGUGUCGGUCAACAAAGGAAGUGGAGGCUAUAUUAGGAGACACAGACGCUGACGGCCGAGACCCACUGGCCAGGUUCAAACUAGCAAUGCACUUACAAGAGAAGAAGUUUGUUGCACACCCCCACACCCAGGAGUACUUGUCCACCAUCUUCUACGGCCGCUUCAACCACAUGAAAAGCCUGGCAUCGUGGAAGAAAAUUGCAGUUAUCAUAGUGAUCACACCGUUCUUGCCUCUCCUCUUCCUGCUUUACCUAGUUGCUCCAAAUUCAUAUGUUGGGAUGGCACUGAAAACCCCAGCGGUUAAACUGGCAACAAGAACGGUCUCUUAUAUCUGUUUUCUACUCCUGAUUGCCUUGGCAACAUUCCGAUUGGAUUUCUACACCACUGAGAGAGACGCCUCGGGGACUUUAAAAAAAGAUGCUCGUUUUCGCCACGACUUUCGACCUGCGCAAGAUGCCCUUGUAACCAAUAUACAAUGGUGUCUGGUUUUCUGGAUCUUAGGUUCUUUUUGGACAGAGUGCAAGCAGGUUUAUUUUUCUGGUUUUAAAGAUUACUUCUGGGAUUUUUACAACGUCAUCGACACCUUUAUGAUGGCCUUCUAUGCUGCAUCGUACGCUUUGCGGUUCGUAGCACAGAUGAAAAUAAUGGAAACACAAUACUUCUUUGACGCCGAGCUCAAGUUGGCGCGGCAGCUGCUGUUUUCAAACAGUAGUGAUAGCGUGGAACAAUAUGUGCAAUUUCGUCAGCAGUUGUUUGGAAGCAGAAUACCACAGGCAUAUUUUCUUCGCGGUGAUCGAUUCUGGUGGGAUCCGUAUGACCCUGAAAUUGUUUCGGAUUGUCUUUUUGCCGUGGCCAAUGUGCUCUCGUUCUCACGGCUGACUUACAUUAUGCCAGUCGCUGAAUUCUUAGGUCCGCUGCAAAUUUCGCUGGGCAGAAUGUUCGGGGAUAUUGUCCGUUUUACUAUAUUGUUUGUUUUGAUCAUGUCUGCUUUUGUACUAGGCCUAUGUAACCUGUACUGGUAUUACGGUAUGUACGUCAUACAGCACGGCGAUUCAACGGUCAGCAACGAGGCUUUCAGAGGCUUGUCGCAAACGUUCGCCACAUUGUUUUGGGCUUUAUUCGGACUGGUGGAUAAAGGAGACACCGCCAUAGCUGCCGGAGAGAAGCAAAUCUUUCAGGUGCCCGGAUCUCCACGCCUGGUGGAAGGGGUGGGCACCGUCCUUUUCGCGGCCUAUCAUGCCGCCAUGAUUAUUAUCAUUCUGAAUAUGCUCAUAGCUCUGAUGAGCCACAGUUUUGAGGACGUGCAGGCAGAUACGGAUCAAGAGUGGAAGUUCGCUCGGGCCAGACUCUGGUUGGUCAGCAUAGAACAUGGCUACACUUUACCAGCGCCUUUCAAUAUCAUUCCAUCUCCGAAGUCGUUCCUUUACGUUUUCACGAAACUUGGUAAAACUUACCAUAGAUGUAAGAGGCACUCAGAAAAGGAGAUGGCUAACAGACAGCCAAGUAGAGAGUACAAGACGACCAUAAGACACAUCGCGAAGAGAUAUCUGUUUAAACUUGAGCAAGAACGUCAUAACGUUGAUAUAUCGGAAGUGAAAGCUGUACAAGAGAAUCCCAAGUCUCCGGUGACUCCACAAGGAAGCGUGCUCCCGACACCGUCUCAGUCCAUGGUGAUCCCCGAGGCGCUGCAGGCGUUGCGAGAGAAAAUCAGCUCUAGGUUACUGGAACAGGGAGCAGAACUGACUGAAGAUGAUAAGUCUCCAAAGCCGGCGCCCAGGUCUGGCGUACCUUCAUCUGUAAGUUUACCAGCAUUCCCUAUAAAUUCGGCGACUCCUGCAUCAGUACCUGUUAGAUCGGGCCAAGCCAAGGUGAUCUCUAACACCAGACAUCAUCCAGACGGUACUAAUGUAGAAACUCAAGAGGUAGCCUGGGUAAAUCCGCCCCGGAGCCUCAGUCUGAAUACCGCGGGCGGUGGGCGAAACCAUGCUAGAAGUUCGAGCGAUGUCAUUAAGGGCCUGCUUAAGCCGCCUACCCCUCAAACUCUAAGAAGAGGCUCGCUGAAGGGGCUGCUGACACAGGUUGACUCUCAGUCGUCUGAUUCUUUGCGUUCUUCUGAACAAGAUUUGGAUAGGCUAUAA